AUGAGUGUUGGUUUCAUGGCAAAUAAGAAGGAAUUACUUCCCCAGCCUACCCCUGUCUUGGAUUGUCGUUGGGAGGGUUUUCGGGGUCUAGGCGUGGUUGUUCGUAAUUGUAAUGGGAACUUAUUGUGGCGCCUUCCAAACGAGUUCGAGGUGGCAUCUAAGAUGGGUUAUGAGUCUCUUGUUCUAGAAAUGGAUGCUCAAGAGAUAAUUAGAUGUUCGAAUGCUUCAGAGGAAUGUUUGGAUUCCGAUGGUGCAUUAGUAGCAGAAGCACAAGCCUAUCUAAAGCUUUUUCCUGUUGUGAUUUGUCAAUAUGCUUCUUGUAGUUGUAAUCAAGUGGUACAUCGCCUGGCUAGGAUCUCUCUAGUAGUUGGGUUAGUUUUCCACUUAUCUACUCCUCAAUCUCUUUUCUAG